UGUGGAGGCAGCAGCCUCCGGCCCAGGGCAGACGUCACCAUGGCCUUCCUGAUACACCUGCUGGUCUGUACCUUCGGGAUGGGCUCCUGGGUGGCCAUCAACGGGCUCUGGGUAGAGCUGCCCCUGCUGGUAACGGAGCUGCCCGAGGGCUGGUACCUGCCCUCCUACCUCACAGUUAUCAUCCAGCUGGCCAACGUCGGCCCCCUGCUGGUCACCCUACUUCAUCACUUCCAACCCGGCUGCCUUUCCGAGGUGCCUAUCAUCUUCACUGUGCUGGGGGUGGGCACCAUCGCCUGCACCCUCUUGGCCUUCCUCUGGAAUGUCACCUCCUGGGUGCUGGGCAGCCACCACAGCAUCGCCUUUCUGGUCCUCACCUUCUUCCUGGCCCUGGUGGACUGCACCUCCUCCGUCACCUUCCUGCCCUUCAUGAGCAGGCUGCCCACCCACUACCUCACCACCUUCUUUGUGGGUGAAGGACUCAGCGGCCUCCUGCCUGCCCUGGUGGCUCUCGCCCAGGGCUCGGGUCUCACCACCUGUGUCAACAUCACUGAGACAUCAGACACCACCCCGAUCCCUGAGACCACCAGGAACACGGACAGCCCACAGGGAGCUAGCAGCACUUUGGUGUCUGAGUUCGCUAGGACAGCACCCUCCGUGGUCCACCUGGAAAGCCACUACCUCCCCGCCACCUUCUCGCCCUUCGUCUUCUUCCUCCUGCUCUCCUUCAUGAUGGCCUGCUGCCUCAUUGCUUUCUUUUUCCUCCAGCGUCUACCCAGGCGCUGGCAAGCUUCCAUAGAAGACCUCCUCACCUCUCAGGUCACCCUCCACUCCAUCCGGCCGCAGGAAGGGAAGGACCUGGGCCCCCGAGGCCCGGAGGACAGCGGCAAGGGCCAGGAGCCUCUGGAGGAGAAGACAGCCCCCCGGCACCUGGCCCACCUGACCUUCAUCUACAUCCUGGUGGCCUUUGUGAACGCACUCACCAACGGCGUGCUACCCUCCGUGCAGACCUACUCCUGCCUGUCCUAUGGGCCUGUGGCCUACCACCUGUCCGCCACCCUCAGCUCCAUGGCCAACCCUCUCGCCUGCUUCCUCUCCAUGUUUCUGCCUAACAGGUCUCUGCCAUUCCUGGGGGUCCUUACAGUGCUCGGGACCGGCUUUGGGGCCUACAACAUGGCCAUGGCCGUGAUGAGCCCCUGCCCCCUCAUGCAGGGCCACUGGGGUGGAGAAGUCCUCAUCGUGGCUUCGUGGGUGCUGUUCAUUGGCUGUCUGAGCUAUGUCAAGGUGAUGCUGGGCGUGAUCCUGCGUGACCGUAGCCGCAGCGCCCUCUUGUGGUGCGGGGCGGCGGUGCAGCUGGGCUCGCUCCUCGGAGCGCUUAUCAUGUUCCCACUGGUCAACGUGUUGAGGCUCUUCUCAUCCGCUGACUUCUGCAGCCUGCAGUGCUCCACCUAG